CUUUUUUUUUCUUCUUCUUUAACAUACAGUAAAGAUGACUGAAAAAGUAUUCAUCGUUGGUGGUACUGGCCAUAUUGGCGAACGUUGCGUUCAACAGCUGCUGAACAAUAAUGUUCAUGUCACUCUCUACACACGCUCACCUGCUAAAGUUCAAGCCAAGUUUCCUCAAGCCGCGAUUGUCGAGGGUGAUUACAACGAUUUAACUCCUCUCGAAAAAGGCAUUGCGGGCCACACGCGUUUAUUCUUGCUCAUUGCCGAUCUUGUCAACAUGCCUCACAUUAAGGGUGCUAUUUCUGCCAAAGCAUGCGCUACUGGUGUGAAACAGAUAGUUGACCUCUCGUCGCUGGCCGUCACGUUACCUUGGCGAAGCACGUUCCUGGGAAAUACUCACAGACUGUCUGAAGAAGCAAUCCUCGCCAGUCGUAGCAGUGCUGUUGCUACUGCUGACUCCAUUACUACUGGCUAUGUUGCCCUUCGACCCACCAUGUUUAUGACCAACCAUCUGUGGAUUGAUGCCCAGACUAUCAAGAAUGAAGGUGUGCUACGCCAUACGGCCGACCCCGACGAACUCGAAGGAUGGAUAUCAAAUAACGAUAUUGGUGACUUGGCUGCCAUUGUAUUGCAAGAACCUAUUGAGAAACAUGGUGAUGCAGUCUAUGAAAUGACGGGCUGUGUAUUAACACCUGCUCAGCGUAUUGCAGCACUUGGUAAGGUUGCCGGUCGUGAAAUCGGAUACACCAAGAUCUCUACCAAGGAAAAGUACGAUUUUUUGACAACAAAGAUGGGCAUGCCGCAUAUCAUGGCGAUGGACUUGCUUGGUUUGUUCAAAGGCGUCAAUACAGUGUCGGUCGGAUUGUCUGUACUGUUGGGAAGAGAGCCAGAAUCAUUUGAACAAUGGCUCGAGCAUAACAAAGACGUCUUUCAAUAAUAGUUAAUACAGGACUUAUACGUUUACAAGCAAUAAAAUGUAACGUUCUUAUAGUAAUAAUAAUGAUAGAUAUUUAUGUCAUAUAAGAAAACAAAAAUGUAUGAUGUGAUCAUAAGACAUGUUUCGUAUACAAU